AUGACUCAAACUAUCAUUCAUCUUAUCUACAUCCAUGGGUUUCAAGGCAACGAUAGUACUUUUCAGUCGUUCCCGACCCAUCUGCAAGCAAGUUUAGCAGCUCGAAUGCCACCCCACUUUAGAGUUCAGAGCAGCUUGUAUCCGACUUACAAGAGUGUCAAGCCGAUUUCUUACGCUACGAAGAACUUCUUGGAAUGGCUUUCUACUCAGCCCCCUGGCUAUGUGAUACUCCUCGGACACUCCAUGGGGGGCCUCCUUGCUGCUGAUGCCGCAACACACCCAUCAGUCGUUCAGAAUUCGAGGCCUCAGCACAUCAUUGGCAUGAUUGCUUUCGAUACACCUUUCCUGGGCAUGCACCCCCAUGUUGUUAUUAGUGGUAUAGCAUCCUUGUUCCCUGACAAUUCAAAAAAGGAUAAUAAGAACCAGCUAUCGGAGAGCGAAACCCGGCCCACUCCUCAGCAAACGGACGAAUCGAUGAAUGACAAGGAACAGGUGCACAUCGUAGAUCAAGGGGUAACAGAUGACUGGAGCACAUUUAAAGGGCGUCUAUCUCCAUCCCAAUGGCGGCGGGAGAGUGGAUCGCUCCCGCAUUCUCCUCCGGGACCAUCCUCAUCCCCAUCUCCAAGUCACACACCAUCCACAUUUCUAUCUCAGUUCACUGCACGCGUGACGCCGUACGUGGAUCGUACAGUGUCUCAUCCAGCUAUCCGCUGGGUGAACAAACACUCUGACUCUCCUGUAGAUGCAGGUAAAACAUGGAUAAUUGAACAUUUCCAGUUUGGUUCCUGCAUGUUUGAUCCUUCUGGCCUGCAUGAGCGGGGAGCGCAACCACAACAGGCAGAAGUUACGAGUGACCCCCCAGACGUGGCCAUUGCUGGAGCUAUGCCCACGCCCACUAGCACAGGAGAUAUGGAAGCCGACGUCGUCGCAGGUGAUUCUCCUCAGGGUCAAGGAAUAUUGGGGUCGCCCGACGAUGUGGAUGCUCCAGUCGGUGAAAAUGCGGAGAAAGUGGACGACAAGGAACAGAAGAAAGCGUUGAAGAAGGCCAAGAAAGAGCAUGAGAAAAGACUGAAGAGAGAGAAGAAACUUGCAAUAAGUCGAAACUUUGUCGUUCUACCCAAAGGUUUUGCAAGCGGGUUCGGUGGCUGGGACAAGUGGGAAAGUGUAGAGAUAGCUGGCGUUGAAGACGAAGUCGCGGCUCACUGUGGACUGUUCAUUCCUAGUCAGAAUAUCGGAUACCAAGACCUCGUCGACGGGGCCACCAACAAAGUUUUGUUCUGGUGCGAAAGCAUACGGAAGGAAUAG